UGUGCCACAGUCGCGCGCGGUGCCUCGCUCAACAUGGACGUUCGUAUCAUCAUCCUCUCUUUGUGCUGCCUCAUCGUACAAUCUGAUUUUAUCAUCAAAAAGAACUGCAAAGACGUGGAAACGUCGCAGUGCAGCAUCCACAACGUGGCAGUGGACCCUUGCCCCCGCGGCCCUCGUCUCUGCGUCGUCAAGCCUGACAAAGCCUAUUCCGUCAAUGUUGACUUCACACCACAUUUCCCGGCAAACAACCUCAAACUAGCUCUAUACAGCGAUGAUAAGAAAACCAACACGUAUGAUACUGUGAUCAAAACACCGGAGGAAGUCUGUGGGCUGGUCAACUGUCCUCUAGAGACAGAAGAGAGGAAGAAUUUCGACGUACACUUCACUCUGGGCAAGAUGUCACCGGGCAAAUUCCCCAUCAAAAUGGCUUUCUGGAACGCGGAAAAUCAAACCCAGCAAUGCUGUUUCACCUUUAAUGUUAAAAUAAGGAAAUAAAUAUUAUUUACAAUGAAAAUGAUAUUCGAUUAUAAAAAUUGUAAAUUUUAAUUUAUCAUUACUAUGUAUUACACCAGUGUUAAACAAAUAAUUGAAUAGUUAUUGUGAGUUUCCCAUAUACCACUACAAAAACAAAGAAACUCAUGAUUUGUUCUGUUAUUUCAGCAGUGGAAACUUACGGUACUUUAGAAGUUUACAAUAUAUUUUUGUUAUUUAAAUUGCUUUAUAGGGAUUAUGAAAAGAUAGUUGUUUUUCACUAACACCAAAUUUAAUAAUUAAAUGUAAUAGAAAUCUGUUAAUAAAUAAAAGAUAUUUCUCGCUA